AUGAAGGCUUAUUGGUCGCCUACUUCAUUGCAAAAAAAUGAUGUUGUUGUCUACCUUAGACACAACAUUCUGAUAUGGAUGGUGGUAAUUAUCACGCCCACUGUGCUUGAAGUUUGCAAGAAGAAGAGAGUGCACUUUUUCAUGUCAGAUGGCGUUAGCGAAGCAAGAAUUCUACUGGCAGGAAACGUAGCGGCGACAUACUUUCAAAUCAGCUGCCAACAAAUUGUGCAAAGCUAUGGAUGGAACUCACAUGCCUACUUCCCACCACCAUUGAUCAAUGCUCUGAAUCAACAAAAAAUAUUUACG